AUGCAGAGUACAUACCCAUCUACCACCACAUUGAAUUCCGUCGAUUCCUCCACUCCUCUCAAGAAUCGUCCAUUAUCAAAAGACUACUUCGCCGCUUUCGGCAGCCUACAGUCAUCAUUCGGACUUGGCGGUAGAGCGCCUGGAAACUCGUCUCGCUCAUCAUCUACCAAAAAGAUAUCAGUUCGCACGCAGGCUUCACGCACAAACUCACCACCAGUGUCUCAAACCUCGUCAUCGGGCACAAAAGACUACGAAGCAGCGUUUGGUUCGCUGUCUUCUGAUUUCGGGUUUGGUGCGAGUACACCAAGUCCGUUGCAUCGUUCUUCGAAAAAGAACACAAGAUGA